AUGGAAGUUGCAGACUUAAGAUCACACUUCCAAAAGUUCAAGAUUGACGAGAAGGCCGGAGGCAGUGAGAAAGAUCUUGGGAAUCAAGACACAGUAUGCGAGUGUGAAGAUAAGCUAGACAUAUUUGAAAGGUUUGUACAAGACCCAUGUAUGAACUCGUGGGAAGGUCUUGACGAAGAGGAUGGUGGAGACGAGGAGGAUGAAGAUGACGAUGACGUUCCCUCGCAGUGGGAAGAAGACGAGUAUUUAGGUGCUGUCCAAGAAGGGGUUGAAGGGUUUGGUGGCAGAACGGCAAAGUCAACAACAAAACCAAACGUUUGCACAAAAUGUCACAAAACGCGGCGCUGGAAAACGAGGGGCAGCACUGCUCAGGACCCAGAUGAACCCGUGCUGCGCUGUUCGCGCACGAACAGUUUUAUGUCGCAGCUCUCACGCCAGGCUUCGCGCCAAUCCCUGCCGGAUGCGUCAGAACCUUUACAAGCAGGCAGUUCGGUAGAGAUCGGACCUACUUGUACCGGGUCCCGCUCGCGUUCCAGAUCUUCAUUUGGAGCAUCAUCUGCAAUCCCGGCACACUUGUACUGUCUCGAACGCUUCGUGAGCUGCGAGCUCGACUCGGCUGCAGAGUGUUUUUUCAAGAAAGAUUUACCGGCUCCGCAUAAUUCCAUAACGACGUCACCAACCGCUUCUGUUGGGUCUCCCGGCUCUCCUACGCUUUCACGUGUGCUAUCGAGCUCCUCAUCGACAAACACGGCCAAAAAUAGUCCAGAGGCGCACUCACAAGCUCCCUUCUCUUUGUCUAAACGUAAGUCUCGGGUUUCUUCCAUUGAGCUGUCACUACUCAAUUCAUUGUCAUGA